CGCGUGGCUCGGCUCUUCCGCACAUGCGCACUGGCCGGCCAGUAUUUGGUGCUUGUGUCAUCUGCUUGACUCAGGAGCGUCCCGGGGUGUCCGGACUGUACAGCAGGAUGUUGUGCCGGGCAACUCUGAGCGCUAGCAGGUGUACCAGUGCCCGAUGUCUCCUCUCCCGGGUCCAGAUCAUCGCCGCGUCUUCUCAUCCAAAAUUUGUUCCAGCGCCAGCCUAUCCCCGGCAGAAUUCCCGACACUGGAGCAAUGUUCCCUAUAUGACUAUGCCCCUUAUCCGUUCGCAUGGAAAACCAUUUGCGCACCGCAGUGAGCUGAAACAUGCCAAGCGCAUUGUGGUGAAGCUGGGGAGUGCGGUGGUGACUCGAGGGGAUGAAUGUGGAUUGGCUCUUGGAAGGCUGGCAUCCAUUGUAGAGCAGGUGUCUGUGCUGCAAAACCAAGGCAGAGAGAUGAUGAUUGUCACCAGUGGGGCUGUGGCAUUUGGUAAACAGCGUCUCCGCCAUGAGAUACUCUUGUCACAGAGUGUGAGGCAAGCAUUGCAUUCUGGACAGAAUCAGCUGAAGGACAUGCAAGUUCCAGUACUGGAGGCUCGAGCUUGUGCAGCGGCUGGACAGAGCGGGCUGAUGGCUCUCUAUGAGGCUAUGUUUACACAAUACAGCAUUUGUGCAGCUCAGAUUCUGGUCACAAAUCUGGAUUUCCAUGAUGAGCAGAAGAGACGGAAUUUAAAUGGCACUUUGCACGAGCUGCUGCGGAUGAACAUUGUGCCAAUCAUUAACACCAACGACGCUGUAGUUCCUCCUCCUGAACCGAACAGUGAUCUACAGGGGGUAAAUGUGAUCAGUAUAAAGGAUAAUGACAGCUUGGCAGCUCGACUGGCUGUUGAAAUGAAGGCAGACCUAAUCAUGGUCCUUUCUGAUGUGGAAGGUCUUUUUGACAGUCCCCCUGGGUCAGAUGAUGCCAAGCUCAUUGACAUAUUUUACCCAGGAGAUCAACAGUCUGUGACAUUUGGGACUAAAUCAAGAGUUGGUAUGGGAGGCAUGGAGGCAAAGGUCAAAGCUGCUUUGUGGGCCCUUCAAGGUGGCACCUCAGUGGUGAUAGCCAAUGGCACUCAUCCUAAAAUAUCUGGUCAUGUGAUCACAGACAUCGUGGAAGGGAAGAAAGUUGGCACUUUCUUUUCUGAAGUAAAACCAGCUGGGCCUACUGUGGAGCAGCAGGCUGAGAUGGCUCGGACUGGUGGCAGGAGCUUGGCUACCCUGCAGCCAGAACAAAGAGCAGAAGUCAUUUAUCGCCUGGCUGAUUUACUGACCGAUCAUAGAGAUGAGAUUCUUGCUGCUAAUAAGAAGGACAUGGAAGAGGCCGAGGACAAAGGAAGACUGGCCCCUCCACUCUUGAAACGAUUGAGCUUGUCAACAGCCAAGUUGAACAGUCUUGCCAUUGGACUCAGGCAGAUAGCGGUUUCCUCCCAAGACAGCGUAGGUCGUGUCAUCCGCAGAACACAAAUUGCUAGGGAUCUGGAGUUGGAGCAGGUGACAGUACCAAUCGGAGUCCUGCUGGUUAUUUUUGAGUCUCGGCCAGACUGUCUUCCACAGGUUUCAGCACUUGCUAUUGCCAGUGGUAAUGGUCUUCUGCUAAAAGGAGGAAAGGAAGCCUCCAACAGCAACCAAACUCUGUACCGUCUCACCCAGGAGGCUCUCUCACUCCAUGGAGUCAAGGAUGCAAUCCAGCUGGUGAACACCAGAGAAGAGGUUGAAGACUUGUGCCGGUUGGACAAGCUGAUUGACCUGAUCAUUCCCCGGGGCUCCUCUCAGCUGGUCAGAGACAUCCAGAAAGCAGCUAAAGGAAUCCCUGUCAUGGGACACAGUGAGGGGAUAUGCCAUGUCUAUGUAGACAACGAGGCUAGUGUGGAGAAAGUUACAAGAAUUGUUAGAGACUCGAAGUGUGAAUACCCAGCUGCUUGCAACGCCAUGGAGACCCUGUUAAUUCACAGAGAUAUCUUGAGGACUCCACUGUUUGACCAGAUCAUUGAUAUGCUGAGAGUGGAGCAGGUAAAGAUCCAUGCUGGCCCUAAGUUUGCCUCCUAUUUAACCUUUAGCCCUUCGGAGGUGAAGUCCCUGAGGACAGAAUAUGGAGAUCUGGAAUGCUGUAUUGAAGUGGUUGAUGGUAUUGAAGAUGCAAUUGAGCACAUUCACAAAUAUGGCAGCUCCCACACAGAUGUCAUUGUUACAGAGAAUGAGGCCACAGCAGAAUUCUUUCUCCAGCAUGUAGACAGCGCUUGUGUGUUCUGGAACUCCAGUACUAGAUUUUCAGACGGUUAUCGAUUUGGACUAGGAGCAGAAGUCGGCAUCAGCACAGCCCGGAUCCAUGCACGGGGUCCUGUUGGGAUAGAGGGAUUGCUCACCACAAAAUGGUUACUGCGGGGGGAGAAUCACGUCGUCUCCGACUUCGCUGAACACGGCAGCAUGAAGUACCUGCAUGAAAAUAUCCCAGUACCACAGAGAACCGCCAGCUAAAAGCCAGACACUCUCUUCUCUCUACCAGUACAGACCUCCUCUAGAGUCAUGAAUCGCUGAUCAGUUCCUACACCAACACUUAGGCUGCGAUCAAGAUUGUGCACCCUAGAAAAUAGCAUAGAGCAUUUAAUGCCCCAACUGUCACUUGUGCACACUGGAGAUUGUGGCUGGCCAGGGACUUUGACCGUCAUUUGAAAGCUUUGAUUGCAGUACAAUCAAGAUGUUGGCUUGAUAAAUGAAAUGGCGCUUAGAAUACGGUUGUUACAAGAGUGAAGGCACAUAACUCUUGACACAGAUGUUUACAGUAGUACUGAAGCCU